UCUCGCCUCCGCAAAACCCUCUCUAGUCCUCCUCCCGCCGCCGCCUGCACCAGCACCAGCCGCCGCCUAGCAGCAGCCGUCGCCGGAGAAGAAGGGGAGGAAGCCAUGGGUCGCGUCCGCACCAAGACCGUGAAGAAGACCUCCAGGCAGGUGAUCGAGAAGUAUUACUCCCGCAUGACCCUCGACUUCCACACCAACAAGAAGGUCCUGGAGGAGGUCUCGAUCCUGCCCUCGAAGCGCCUCCGCAACAAGGUGGCCGGCUUCACCACCCACCUGAUGCGCCGCAUCCAGCGCGGCCCCGUCCGCGGCAUCUCGCUCAAGCUCCAGGAGGAGGAGCGCGAGCGCCGCAUGGACUUCGUCCCGGAGAAGUCGGCGCUGGAGGUCGAGGAGAUCCGCGUCGACAAGGAGACCAUGGAGAUGCUCGCGGCCCUCGGCAUGGCCGACCUCCCCGGCGUCGAGCGCCAGGCUGAGGUCUCCAACGCCCCCACCUACGGCCGCCCGCAGUACGGUGGCCCCCGCCGCGACCGCGUCUAGUCUUCCAGCCGGUUGCAGUGGUUGGAUCUUGAUCGCUUCAUUUAUCGUCGUUAUUAUGCUACUAUGUCAAACUUGUUUUAGGUCAGUGGUUGCUUUGUGGCGAUUAAGUCUUGAACCUAUCUGUUUUGCUCUAAAUUCUGCACUGUUUUGAUCUGCGUGUGAUGGACAAGAUCUAUAUUCUCGCGCCAAUGAAAUCUUAAGCGAUUUAUAAGUUACAAUGAGAUGGUGCUUCCUGUUA